UCCCCGGUCGAUACACUCCGGUUGCUCGCCGUUCUGUUGCUCACAUCUCCGCGGCCGACAAACAACGACGGACGCCCGCCGGGCCAUGGGCUGUCUCCUGUUAUAGCACCGCUUCCACUGCAACACUCAAAAAAAUAUGGCAAAUCUUAAAAGGAACCCGUCGAUUUGUUUGGUUAUUCUGUUUGCGCACUUUGCUCAACAUUGCUGUUACAACCGAAAUGCACACAAUUCAAGACUUGACGAUGAUAGCUGUACGUAUUCAGGAAAUUCACACAGGUGCCAACCCAAAGUGGUCAACUACAGGGAAAAAGAAAAAGAGGUCCUCGAUCAGAUUCUGGGUCCAGGUAGUUACGAUGCCAGAAUACGACCAUCUGGAGUAAACGGCACAGAUGGUCCGAUGAUUGUUAAAGUAAAUUUAUUCCUACGCAAUAUCGAGAGAAUUUGUGACAACAAGAUGGAAUAUAGCGUGCAACUGACGUUCCGCGAACAAUGGAUGGACGAGAGACUCAAAUUUAACGACUACAAUGGUAAAAUGAAGUACCUGACUUUGACCGAAACCAGCAGAGUAUGGAUGCCCGAUUUGUUCUUCUCGAACGAAAAGGAAGGUCAUUUCCACAACAUAAUAAUGCCUAACGUGUACAUUAGGAUAUUUCCCAACGGUCUGGUAUUGUACAGUAUAAGAAUAUCUCUCACCCUGUCUUGUCCGAUGAACCUUAAGCUAUAUCCAUUAGAUCGUCAGACGUGCUCACUAAGAAUGGUCAGCUACGGUUGGACAACUGACGAUUUAGUAUUCUUGUGGAAAGAAGGUGAUCCCGUGCAAGUGGUUAAAAAUUUACACUUGCCCAGAUUUACAUUGGAGAAAUUUCUUACAGAUUACUGUAACAGCAAAACUAACACAGGAGAAUACAGUUGUCUGAAGGUCGACUUGCUGUUCAAACGCGAGUUCAGUUACUAUUUAAUCCAGAUCUACAUCCCGUGUUGCAUGUUGGUCAUCGUGUCCUGGGUGUCUUUCUGGCUGGACCAGAGCGCGGUGCCGGCUCGCGUGUCCCUGGGCGUGACCACGCUGCUGACCAUGGCCACGCAGACCUCGGGUAUCAACGCUUCCUUGCCGCCGGUGUCGUACACCAAAGCCAUCGACGUGUGGACCGGCGUGUGCCUGACGUUCGUGUUCGGGGCGCUGCUCGAGUUCGCGCUGGUCAACUACGCGUCCAGGUCGGACACGCACAGGGACGACAUGACCAAAAAGGACCUGGAGCGCACCGUGUCGAUGGACGUGAACGACUACGAAGACGGGCCGAAUUCAUUCAAUAUGGUGAGAUCGAAUAGUACGAAGCCCCUGAUGCGUCCCGAACUGAUGAUGUCCAGAGACAAAAUGAGCCAGAUCAUUCACCAGACCCCGCCGAUGGAGAAAAACUCCUGUUGGAAGUCGUGGAUGUCCAAGUUUCCCACUAGAUCCAAACGCAUUGACGUCAUAUCCCGCAUACUCUUCCCGAUGGUGUUCGCCAUGUUCAACAUGUCCUACUGGUCCACAUACUUGUUUCGCGAGGGCGUAGACGAAGACAAAUAAACACAAACAAAAAAAAAAAAAAAAUACCAGCCAACAUCCAAGUCAAGUUAAUUAUUAAAAUAUUACUAAAGUGUAGUGUGUCUUGUGUACCAACCCCUGUGAUAACGCUAAAGUAAUUUUGUUUUUCGAGUGUCGUCCCCCAUAUCUUUUUUUUUUUUUAUAAUUAUAUCGUCCAAGUACAAUAUUAUAAUAACAACAAAUACGAUGAUGAUUGUAUACAAUAAUGUAUUCUGUAUGGUCGACGUACAAUGUACACUCUCAGAAUUUGUUAAUAAUAAUAAUCAUUUAUAGUUAUUGACCAAAACCACAAUCGUACUCGUAUGUUAAAUACAUUCCGUUUUUUUUUUUUAAGAAAUUCUUCUUCUUCUAUUUUGUACAUGCUAUGCUCAAUAUUUUACCAUCGAACCAACUAAAAACGGUCCAUUGAAUAAAAUAUACCAUCUCAACGAAUAAAAGAGACAAGGUCCUCUAACGAAACCCGUCAACGUUCUGCUCACAAUCUAAGUCCGAGUCGUUCCAUCCGUAAUCCUUUUGCCGGCCGAGCAAUAGUAUAUAAUAAUUUUUGUCCAUUUGAUAUUGUACAGAAUCUAACCCUGCCAUUAGUGCGCUUUUUUUACCUCUGUCGACCACGGCGUUUUUACCAAUCUAGUAUACAAGUCCCUAGCACUCAAUGAUGUCAAUUUACACAUUCGGUUGUCGUGCAGAUAUUAGCUGUUAAUGAAUUUACAAUGCCGCCAUAAUUGAAAUAGAUAACAUCAUUGCAAUCAAGAGUAAACCCGAACUCUAAAAAAUACACGUGUAAUUAACAAUUUUUGUUUUUAUUGUUUAUCUAUAAAACGAAUUGAAGCUUGUAAAAUAUUGUCUUAUAAUAAAGAAAAAAAAAUACAUCAACAGAAUAAAAAUCAUGUUUCCGCUGUAUCAUAAUUAUACAUAAUAUGUAAUACUUUUAUCAUCCGUUUAAUUUUAUGUAUAGUUAUUUUCUUUAGAUUAAUAUAAUAUGUAUAUUAAGACAAUUAAUAUAUUAUAUUUAUGAAUUUAUGAAAAUUGAUAAAUCUAUUUCUAAUCAUUAGAUAAAAUGUCAAUAAUUUUUCCAUAUGUUCGCUCUGACUUUAUGAUAAACUCGGAUUUACUAUAAUAUUAAACGUUAAACAAGUCAUUUUUAGAUAAGUAAAUAAUUAUGUAAAAUUUAAUUUUGCCACGUAAAUAUUGUAUUGUCGGAACGGAUAUAAUAAGUAGAUAUUUAUUGUUCACAUUAAAUCAUAAUAAUAUAAUGUUUUUUUUUAUAUAUAAAUAAUGUUGAUUUAAUGACAUUGUAUUUUGUUGAUUGUAUAAAACAAAGUCAAUCAUAAAAGACGUGCUUCGUAUCGAUAUACGUUUGCGAAAAAUAAACUGUACUUCAGUAUAUAAAUAUUUGCAUUGUUAUAGAAAAAUGUAUACAUUUCCCUUCCCAUUUAUUUUAGUCAGAGUAUGAGCGAGAGCAACGCUAAACAGUUUUUGAUAAAGACAUUUUGAAUAUUAAUGUUGUUUACA